UACUUCUUUACUGCAAGUUCAACACUCCACUGACAUCGGUUAUCCCGCCUUUUUUUUUAUUAAGGGUAUUGUUUGCGUAUAAAGGAGUCAACUCGGUAAUUCCUUGCAAUCUACUGGGCACGUGUCAUACCAACUUUUUCCAAGGCUCGCUCUUUUUUUUUUUCCAAUAGAUCUCCAUUACUACCGCUGGUUGUUCAAUUCGUGGGCUCCAACCACCAAUAUCCUACACUAUGUCAUCUCAACGAAAAGGGCUGAGACGCUGGCUCGUACGGCUACAUCUCGCCCGAGCAAAAGAUGAAGAUUCCGAAGACCCUAACCAGUCAUUACGACGAACUGAAUCCACAGCAUCACAAACGUCCAAACGACGAAGGCUAUAUAUCAACAUGAAAAGUUCUUCCGACACGGCUGACCCAAGCGAACAAUCCUGGGUCAGCAAUCGAGUGCGCACAGCAAAAUACACCCCUCUCACAUUCAUACCCAAAAAUCUGUUUGAACAAUUUCGCAAUGUUGCCAACUUGUACUUUUUAUUCUUGGUCAUUCUUCAGUGUAUACCCACAUUCGGCGUUACAAGUCCUGUAUUGUCUGCAAUGCCACUUGUGGCCAUUCUGGUUAUUACUGGUAUCAAAGACGCAUUUGAAGACUGGAAACGAAACCAGAGUGACCGGCGCCUCAACACUGCCAAAACCAUGACGUUAAGUCACUGGACGAAUGUCAAUAUCCCAGACCUUACAACCGGCCGCUGGCAUCGUUUAAAAAUCUUUUGCGGCCUGUUUACCAUGUUGGCUGGCCUUGAAAACGAGUGCACAAACGCCUAUAGACAAGCUCGCGGUGGCCAUGACGCAGAAAGCUCAACCGGGGUUCCUACCUGCGUAUCAUUUCAGAAAAAGCAACAGCUGGAGUACACCCAAUCGCAGCAAUUGAGAAGCUACCCAAAUAUCAGCAUUCAAAAACCCGUUGAUACUCCAGACUACACUACCAAUGGCGAAACCCCGCAGGAAAACGGAACGCCAGCUGCUCUAUCUCCCCAAAACAAACGCCUGCUGAGCACAAUGAGAACUCGCUCUGGCUCAUUUCGUGCCGAGCUAAGCAACAUCUUUAAACCCAAAAAUCGCACACCUUAUCGACCUGGUAUCAUUCCACACAAUGUCCUACACCGAACCGCUACUCAUGAUACGGGUGCACAGUCAUCCAAUAGACAUAGUAUGGACCUCAGCUCGGUGUAUGCUGCUGAUCAGCAGAUCGGGCAUGAACCUUUAACUCCCGAUUGCCGUGUCAAAUGGAACGAGACACUUUGGCAGGAUGUCAAGGCUGGCGAUUAUGUGUUGCUGAAGAACGAUGAGCCUGUUCCUGCCGAUGUUAUUAUUCUUUCAUCAUCGGAGCCUGAUGGUGUUUGCUACGUCGAAACCAAAAAUUUAGAUGGUGAAACCAAUCUCAAAAUGCGAAGGUCACUGCAAGCCACCGGAGAAAUUUACAGUGUUCACGACUGUGAGAGAGCCAGCUUUUAUAUUGAAAGCGAACCCCCACAUGCUAACCUGUAUCAGUACAAUGGUGUUUUACGUUGGCAAGUUAGCAAUGACAAUGACUCUGAUGAUUUUGCUACUGGAGUGUCCCAUCAGAAGACCGAAGCCGUCACUUACAACAACAUUCUACUCCGCGGCUGUGUGCUUCGAAACACUAAAUGGCUUAUUGGUAUGGUUAUGUUCUGCGGUAAUGAGACCAAAAUUAUGCUCAAUACUGGCAAAACGCCAAGUAAACGCAGUAAGAUGGCCAAAGGCACCAAUCCACACGUUGUGGCUAAUUUCGCCUUGCUGGCCAUUCUAUGUAUUGUGAGCUCGGUCGUCAAUAGUAUAGAGUACCGCCAAGGUGGUUCCUCACCCUACUUUGGUUACGGAACGGAUGGUGGUACCGCUGCCUUUUCUGGAUUUUUGACAUUUUGGGUGACACUUAUUCUGUAUCAAAAUAUUAUUCCUAUCUCCUUGUAUAUCUCUGUUGAGAUUGUAAAGACAUUGGCUGCCUAUUUUAUUUUUGCUGAUAUCGACAUGUAUAAUGAAGAAACUGAUCAACCAUGUAUACCAAAAACUUGGAAUAUCUCUGACGAUUUGGGCCAAAUCGAAUACAUCUUUUCCGACAAGACAGGAACAUUGACACAAAACGUUAUGGAAUACCGACGUUGUACAAUUAACGGUGUGUCCUAUGGUUUAGGUACCACCGAAGCCGAACAAGGUGCCAAAAAACGAGACCAGCACGACACGAAUGCCGUGCCAGAACCUAUGACUGACGAUAAAAAAAUCAGUGACAACGACGACGACGAUGAUGAUGAUGAUGACUACUCGCCUGACCUGGAAAAGGCAUCUCGCAUCAUGUAUAAGAAGCAGGCUGAAUUGUUUGACAACAAAUUUUUAGGGCCCAAUCCCUCGUUCGUUGAUCCAAAGCUGUUUGAUGACCUGGCCGCCAACAAUCAGCAAUCCAAUGCUAUUGUCCACUUCUUUUCAUCUCUUGCCCUCUGCCAUACCGUCAUUGUUGAGCGACCUGACCCCGACAAUGAGAAUUUCCUUGAAUACAAGGCUCAAAGUCCUGAUGAAGCUGCUUUAGUCGCCACUGCUCGUGACCUUGGGUUUGCUUUCAUCGGACGAGAGAAAGAUACCAUCUUUCUUGAUGUCAUGGGUGAACGCAAAGAGUUUGAACUACUCAAUGUUCUCGAAUUCAACUCCAGUCGUAAGCGCAUGAGUGUCAUUGUCAGAGCGCAGGAUAGCGACCGCAUCAUUCUACUCUGCAAGGGUGCCGAUUCCGUUAUAUAUGAGCAUUUGGAAACUGACUUUAAGGAUCAACCUGAUCUCGAAAAAUCUCAAAAGGGUUUACAAGAAGCAACCACUCGUGACCUGGAAGAGUUUGCUAAUCAAGGUCUUCGUACACUUUGUCUUGCUUUCCGCUUUAUUUCUGAGGAGGAGUACGCCGAAUGGCACAAGGAAUAUCAAGAAGCCGCCAAUAGCAUCAGCAACCGCGAAGAAAAGCUCGAAGAAGCUUGUGAAGAGAUUGAGCACUCCCUUAUUUUACUCGGUGGUACUGCUAUCGAAGAUAGAUUGCAAGAUGGUGUCCCCGAUACAAUUGCAGAGCUGUCACAUGCUGGUAUCAAGAUUUGGGUGUUGACUGGUGACAAGACUGAAACAGCCAUCAAUAUUGGGUUUGCCUGUAAUCUCCUUACAAACGACAUGAUGCUCAUUGUUAUCAAAGCCACUACUCGGGAUAGUACCAACGAGCAACUGCGAGAGGCUAUUGAGAAGAUGGAAACAGCUGAUAAUGAAAACGGUGUACAGAAGCGUGCCCUAGUCAUUGAUGGUAGUACUCUCAAGUAUGCCCUCGAAGCUCACUCAAAAGAUCUUCUUCUCGAACUUGGAACUCGCUGCGCUAGUGUGGUUUGCUGUCGUGUCAGUCCCAUGCAAAAGGCUCAAGUUGUCUCCUUGGUCAAGAAAGGAUUGAAUGUCAUGACUUUGGCUAUUGGUGAUGGCGCUAACGACGUCUCCAUGAUCCAAGCUGCCAACGUUGGUGUUGGUAUCUCUGGUGUGGAAGGACGACAAGCUGUCAUGGCUUCCGAUUAUGCCAUUGCUCAGUUCCGCUUCUUGAAAAAACUUGUGUUGGUUCAUGGACGCUGGUCGUAUCUUCGUACCGCUAACAUGAUUUUCACCUUCUUUUACAAAAACAUCGUUUGGACCUUUGUGCUUUUCUGGUACCAAAUCUUUUGUCAAUUCAGCGGUACCAUGAUGUUUGACUACUCUCUUGUGACUCUAUACAACUUGGUGUUCACAUCUCUUCCAUGUAUCUUCUAUGGUAUCUGGGAUCAAGACCUGGAUGCGACUCGGUCCCUCAAAUAUCCGGAGUUAUAUCUAAUGGGUCUGCGAAAUGAUGUCUUCAAAACUUGGCGAUUCUGGCUAACCGUCUUUGACGCUAUAUAUCAGUCGGUGGUCUGCUUCUUCUUCCCUUACCUGUUACUUAUUGGUGGCUCAGUGGACCCUCAAGGCAAGGAUAUCAACGGUGUCUUCGAACUUGGAACCAUUGUUUCCGGCAUUUCUGUCUUCGUUGUCAACCUUUUCGUUGGUCUUACUUUGCACGCAUGGACUUGGAUUCAGGUUUUGAUCAUUACUUUAUCUACCCUGACAUACUUUCUUUGGGUAGCCAUCUACUCUCAAUUCAAUGUCUUCACGUUCGCUGGUCAAGUUGAUUUGUUCGGUCUUGGCUACUUCUGGCUCGUGCUCAUCGUCACGAUCGUGGCUUGCUUCCUUCCCCGUGUUGCGGCUAUGCAUUACCUACAUCAAUAUCAUCCCUAUGAUAACGAAAUUAUCCGUGAAAUUGAAUUACUGCCCAGCAAACGAGGCAAUCGCCGCGUUUCAAGCGCCUCAGAAGAUCCUAAUAUGAUGAGGACUCUUAACAGCCACGGUGAGUCCGUCUCCCGUCUUAUUUCGCGAGCUACCCGUAGAACCACAACUGAAUAUGCAUCAGAUGAUUCAUCGAGUGAUGAAGAUACUGCUCACAGUGGUGGUGGCGCUCGUCUAAGACGACCAAGUACCCGAACCAGUUUGACUACUCCUCCUAGAGCCAUGAUCACACGGCAUCAUCGUCAACCUUCCCUGACAUCCAUCAAAAGUGAUCGAAUUCUUUACCUACAAUCCGGCAAAAGAGCAUCCUUCACCGGUUUCGCAUUUUCUGCUGACGACUCCUCCCCAUACGACACCAUUCGCCAAUCAGUUUAUCGAAGAAACAGUCAAGCAGCUGCUUCUCAGCCUAAUCUCCCCCAUCAAGACGUGGAAAUGGUCAAUGUGAAGGCAGCCGAAGCACGUCAAAGAAGAGACUCUUCUACUCCCGAUGACGAUUGGAUUUCCCUGCACUUUGCACCGUUAUCUCGCAGUGAAUCUGCUCCAGCCCCUAAUACAGAAGCGGUACGAUCCGGCACUGCUGGAAAGAGUAAGAUGUCUAACGUCAUGAAUAAUCCAGAGGAAGAAGCAAAAACUCGACAAUCCAUCCGUGAAUUUGUUACCAGAAGACUCUCUUCCCCUCGUUCCUCUUUGAGACCCAAUGAACUGUAUCCAAAUACAGCGCAAGUCAUGUCAGAUCAGCCAGAUGCUGAUCAUUAAACUCGGCUACCUUUGCUGUUUGUACAGCCGUCAAGCUGUGUAAUCAAUCCUCUUUUCCCUCCUUUGAUUUCCUCCCGAUAUUCUUAUUUCUCUA